AUGGCGACUGCUAAACUCCGUAAAGAAAACCAACAGCUACGAGAGGAAAUUGAAGAACUUCAAGGAAAUUUGAAGCAAAUAACCGCGGAUAUUUCGAAAAAGAACGAAAGCCUGAUUGAACAAGAUGGCAGACAUGCUUCCCAGUCAACCGAGUCAACAGCCGAUAAAGAUAAGUCCUUAGAAGUGCUCAAAAUGACGAUCUUAUUUUGUUUAAAAAUAAUACAAUGAAGGAAUUAAAACAUAUAAAUCAACAAGUUAAUAUUAUUUCAAAGAAAUGCGAGGUCAUUGCAAACGCCGUUGAGCAAAUCGAAAAUUAUAAUUACCAAUACAAUAUUAAAAUUACUGGUAUGCCUCAACAAAACCCGAAUGAAUCGGCCGACGAAACUGGGAGUAUGUGCCUGAAAUUAUGUACUGCCAUAGGGGCAGAUGUCUCGAUCUACGAUGUGGACAUUGCCCAUCGUGUUCCUGCGAGAAGGCAAUCUAACCGAUCGAACGCAAUUAUCUGUAAAUUUGUACGCCGUUUGGCGAAAGAAAAAGUAAUUGUAGCCAGAAAACAAACUAGUAAUGUUCAACCUGAGCAACUCCAUCGACCACGAAAUUAG